AGCUUUUCCAAGGCAUAUAUCCGGUAUGUUGUUUGACAGAAGAGUUUGAGAACAUCGGAGGUCAGGUGAGCCUUGUUUGAUGGACCAGCCCUGUGACGCGGUGGCGUGGUUAGAAUGGGACAGAGCACUUCGGGACAAGAGUCCCCUGAUCCACCAGAGCAGGACGGCAACUUUGGCAACAUCAAGAGCUUUGUGGAGGACCAACUACAGACCAGCAUGAUGUUAGGCAUUGUGAUUGGCGCUGGCAUCGCCAUCAUUCUCAUUGCCAUCCUGAUCUUCUUCGUGAUGCGCAGGAUAAAGCUUCGAAACUUAGAAUCCCAGGAAGCCCCCAAAUACCGUUUCCGGAAAAGGGACAAAGUCAUGUUCUAUGGACGCAAGAUCAUGCGGAAAGUGUCCCAGUCUACCUCAUCUCUGGUGGGGACAGCAUCGUCCUCACGCCCCCGCCUCAAAAAGAAACAGAAGAUGCUCAACAUUGCCAAAAAGAUCCUGCGUUUUAAAAAGGAAGUGCCCAUUCUUCAGAUGAAGGAGCCUCCUCCAUCAGUGCUGGAGGCCGACCUCACAGAGUUUGACGUGGCCAACUCGCACCUCCCCUCAGAGGUGCUCUACAUGCUCAAAAAUGUCCGGGUGCUGGGCCACUUCGAGAAGCCGUUGUUUCUGGAGCUGUGCAAGCACAUGGUGUUCCUGCAGUUCCAGCAGGGCGAGUACGUCUUCAGGCCCGGGCAGCCGGACAGCAGCAUCUACGUGGUGCAGGACGGCAAGCUGGAACUCUGCCUUACCGGACAGGAUGGGAAGGACGGUGUGGUGAAAGAGGUGUACCCUGGAGACAGUGUGCACAGCCUGCUCAGCAUUCUGGACGUCAUCACCGGCCAUCAGAAGCCGUACCGUACGGUGUCGGCGCGGGCGGCUGAAGUAUCCACUGUGUUGCGGCUGCCUGUUGAAGCCUUCCUCUCCAUCUUUGAGAAGUACCCCGAGAGCCUGGUGCGCGUCGUGCAGAUCAUCAUGGUUCGCCUCCAGAGAGUGACUGUGAUGGCCCUGCACAACUACUUGGGUCUAACUAAUGAACUCUUUAGCCAUGAAAUGCAACCCUUGCGUCUGCUGCCUCUCUCCCCGCACCCCACGCGCACCAGCCCCGUGCGGCACGGCAAACGCUUCGGCAGCCUCACCGUCACCGAGGAGCACCGCGAGGCCGCCGUCAGGGAGGCCACAGGAGGUGAGCAGGGGAAAGAGGGAUCUACAGUGCCAACACUCAGUCGUGCAAUUUCCAUGCCUGUAGAUAUCGCUGGCAUUCAGAAGGGCCUGCGUUCAGACUUUGACAUGGCCUACGAGCGUGGUCGCAUCUCUGUGUCUGCAGAGGAUGGCAACACUCCACCAACCUUCACACGAUCUGUGUCCCAGGACCAGAAGGAGAGGAAGUCGGUGACUGUGGACGAGGUGCCAUCCGGAGUCUACCUCUACCCCGAGGAGGAGGGCAGUCUGGAGAGCGUCUACGGGCCGCUGCCGGGCCGACCCAACGCCGCCCUGUUUGAGGAGGCGCAGAAGGAGAUCCUCAAACUCAUGAAGAUCGAGGACCCUGCGUUGUUGAAUGGCCGAGUGACUCUGCAUCAUGCCAAAGCGGGGGCAGUGCUGGCCAGACAGGGAGAUCAGGACGGGAGUCUGCACUUUGUUCUGUCAGGCUGCCUGCAUGCGUACCAGCGGAUGAUUGACAAGCAAGAGGCGGUGUGUCUGUUUGUGACGCAGCCCGGCGAGAUGGUCGGCCAGCUGGCCGUACUGACCGGCGAGCCGCUCAUCUUCACCAUCAAGGCUGUGCGCGACUGCACCUUCCUCAAGAUCUCCAAGUCCGACUUCUACGAGAUCAUGAGGGAGCAGCCCAGCGUGGUGCUCAGCGCCGCCCACACAGUGGCUAUCCGCAUGUCGGCCUUUGUGCGCCAGAUGGACUUCGCCAUCGACUGGAUGGCCGUGGAGGCCGGACGUGCUCUAUACAGGCAAGACGAUCAGUCGGACUGCACCUACAUCGUCCUGAACGGCCGCCUGCGUUCCGUCAUCCGCAAGGCCAACGGCAAGAAGGAGCUGGUCGGGGAGUACGGUCGCGGUGACCUCAUCGGUGUGGUGGAGGCUCUGACCAGGCAGCCGCGCGCCACCACGGUCCACGCUGUGCGUGACACAGAGCUGGUCAAGCUGCCCGAGGGGACGCUCAACAACAUCAAGAGACGCUACCCACAGGUAGUGACACGGCUGAUUCACCUGCUAGGCCAGAAGAUUCUGGGGAACCUUCAGCAGGCCCGUGGGCCUUUCUCAAGUUCUACGUUGGGCUUGCCUUCUCUGGGCUCCAGUCCUGACGUCACCAACCCUGCCAGUAACCUCUCCACUGUGGCCGUGCUGCCCGUGUGCGACGACGUGCCAGUCAAUGCCUUCAACAUGGAACUAAGCCACGCCCUCAGUGCCAUCGGACCCACCCUGCUCCUGACGAGUGAGAUCAUCAGAGAGAGACUGGGGGCGUCAGCCCUCGACAGUAUCCAUGAGUACCGGUUGUCUGGCUGGCUGGCUCAGCAGGAGGACAUCAACCGGAUCGUGCUCUACCAGACAGACAGCACCAUGACGCCCUGGACUCAGCGCUGCAUUCGCCAGGCCGACUGCAUCCUCAUCGUGGGCCUGGGCGACCAGGAGCCGGCCCUCGGACAGCUGGAGCAGAUGCUGGAGAACACGGCGGUCCGGGCCCUGAAACAGCUCGUUCUGCUGCACCGCGAGGACGGGCCCGGACCCUCCAGGACCGUGGAGUGGCUCAACAUGCGCAGCUGGUGCUCGGGUCACCUGCACCUCCGGUGCCCCCGCAGGGUCUUCUCCCGACGGAGCCCCUCCAGACUGAGAGAGGUGUAUGAGAAGGUGUUUGAGAAGACAGCGGACCGCCACAGUGACUUCUCUCGUCUGGCGCGAGUCCUGACGGGGAACAGCAUUGCCCUGGUGCUGGGAGGAGGAGGAGCCAGAGGGUGCUCACACGUGGGCGUGAUCAAGGCUAUGGAGGAGGCGGGGAUCCCUAUCGACAUCGUGGGUGGCACUUCCAUCGGCUCGUUCAUCGGUGCCUUGUACGCCGAGGAGCGCAGUGCCGUGCGCGUCAAACAACGAGCGCGGGAAUGGUCCAAGGCGAUGAACUCGGUGUUCAAAACCGUACUGGAUCUGACCUACCCCAUCACCUCCAUGUUCUCGGGCUCUGCCUUCAACACCAGCAUCUCCAAGGUGUUUGAGGACAAGCAGAUUGAGGACCUGUGGCUGCCCUACUUCAACGUGACCACAGACAUCACCGCCUCGGCCAUGCGGGUCCACCAGGACGGCUCAGUGUGGCGCUAUGUUAGAGCCAGUGCGUCCUACACCCCCUAUUUACCUCCUCUCUGCGACCCCAAGGAUGGUCACCUGCUUGUGGAUGGUUGCUAUGUAAACAAUGUCCCAGCUGACAUCGCCAGGACGCUUGGUGCCAAGACCGUCAUUGCCAUCGACGUGGGCAGCCAAGACGAGACGGACCUCUGCAACUAUGGUGAUAGCCUCUCGGGCUUCUGGUUGCUGUGGAAACGAAUCAAUCCCUGGGCAGAAAAAGUCAAGGUUCCCGACAUGGCGGAGAUCCAGUCGAGGCUGGCGUACGUCUCGUGCGUGCGGCAGCUCGAGCUGGUGAAGAAGAGUGCGUACUGUGAGUACAUCCGGCCGCCCAUUGACCGCUUCAAGACCAUGGACUUUGGCAAGUUUGACGAGAUCUAUGACGUGGGGUUUCAGCAUGGUAAGCUGCUCUUCACGGGCUGGGCUCGUGGUGACCUCAUCGAGAACAUGCUGAAAGACCACCGGUCGGCCGACUACAACGACAGCAAGAAGACCGACACCUGUACAUGCACAGGAGCCGACUUCACAGACCUGGCUGAGAUUGUGUCCCGGAUUGAACCAGUCCAGGGCUUUGUAGCUGCUGAUGCGGAGGAGUCUGACUGCCUGACGGAGUACGAGGAGGACGGAAUGGACACUGUGCGGGAGGAGGAGGGCGAGGAAGAGGAGGACGAUGGCGACGACCCGGAUGACCACUCUCCUGGCGAGUGGGGGGGCCCCAACGGAGUGUUCCAGGCGGAUGUGUCCCAGGACGAGGAGAAGUCUGUCCGUCAGCGCAGGAAAACGCCUGGCGAUUCCAACACCUGCUCCGAGUUCUCGGACUGUUGACGUCUUCUGACCUUCCUUAGGUACUGAAAAGAUCAGGGAGCAAGGGUCAAAGCUUGCCGGUGGGGCUUGGGCUCAACCCUCCCUCCCUUUUCCUCCCGAACUUGGAAGAGCAGCUUCGCUUGGAGACACAGGAGCAGUGGAGAACCAAAGAUAUUAGCCCAGGGGGUGAACCAAGAGCAGACUCAUUGAAUUGAGGGGUAUCUUGAAAGGCUGUGUGUGUGUGUGUGUGUGUGUGUGUGUGUGUGUGUGUGUGUGUGUAUGAUAGAUGUCUGAUGAUACUGUGGUCCAAUAAAUAAACACUAAUUUAAUUAACCUUCCUCCUCCAACACCCCUUUCCUAAUGUUUCCUCUAAAACUUCCCAGGAUCAGUUGGGGAGUGAACUUGUGUAGGUGGGGGGACCUGUGUGUGUGUGUGUGUGUGAGGGAGAGCGAAAGACUAAGAAAGUAGUGUCAUCUGCAUGUCUUAAUUUAUUUGCCACACUGUGACCUGAAUAAUAUAAGAUACAGUCUAAAAUAUAAUGCAAACAUAAUUUAAUUAUAUGUUUUAACUGGUCAGUGCAAAAGGGACUGAAUGUAUUUGAUGUUGUGGUCACAUGGCGUACAACUGGCGUUGAUGUAUGUAGUAGUACUAGAGUGACACCUUGCCAAAGGGAAGAUGUGGGACGAAGAAGAACGCAAUGUAGGGAGAGAUUGAGAUUGUCCAUGUGCAGAUCAGCAGAAUUGGUAGAUGGAUGGUGGCUAUGUUCCAAUUUGCAUACUUCUGUACUAACAAUACCUGAUAUGAGUGCACAAGUGGAUCACCGCCCAUGAGGAAAUGUAGCAUUGGAAGUAGGGAACAACUUUUAUAGACCCUUUCAACAAUAAAAACAAAAACAAUGCUUGAACGUUCUAUUUGGGCCCCAAUCUACUUCCUGCAUUAAGAUAACAUAUGGAAUGUUAAAAAGGAAGUCUUGUGGGGCCAACUAUGAUGCUGAUAAUGGAACUCUCUUGGCUGCACAGACGUAGGGCUUGAGAAAUACUGUUUGAUGGGAUAUGUUUAGUAGUGUGGAGUACAAUGGAAAUGUAGGGGGGAUGCAAGAAGAUGGAAUAGGAGGUAAACAUGUAAAAGAGAGGGUAAAGAACAAGGGAACAUGUUUAGGAGGUAGGGGGAGAAAAAAAACUAUUAGAUUUGAAGGGGAUGUAGGGAGACUGCUACUGAUGUAGAAUGUGAAGACUGGACAGGAACAGUGUGUGUGUGUGUGUGUGUGUGAUGGAGGGAGAGAAAUGGGUCGACGUGCAUGUGUGCACACACUCUUACCUUUUGGUUGUCAUGUGUGUUGGACAUCUGGAAAGAUGUGAAGUUGCCCAACUGUGGACCCUUUAGAAAAAGACAUUUCCAGUGCUUUUAUUUUUUGUGUUUUAUCAUGUCUUUGUUUGCAUCAGAUGCUUGCAGGAUUGUGUGUGUGUACGUGUACGCACAUGUGCAUGCAUGUCAUGUACAUCCUGAUCUGCCAACGUAGUGUUUUUUGUGUCAUAGUUUUGUAAUCAGCCUUGAAGGCAACCCUGCUUUUAAUCCCUCCUCGGAGGGAGAACGCCUUUUUAUUGGAAUUGCACAUGUUCACGGUGGACUGGACCGUGACCGGACUCGGGACUUGAACUCUGUGGUCCCAGAUUCCGUAUAUUUCUAUAGGACUUUAUUGGUUAAUCCACUUCAGAUCAACUUAACAACUAAUUUAUGUUGCGAGGACAGAGUAGGUCUUCUUGAUGGUGGUGUUGAGUAGACAUUGUGUGAAUAUAUGUAAAUCACUAUUUACAAAGUCUAUUAUGUGAACUGUGAUGCUUAACACGGAUCAUGGUCUGAUCUGGAGAAUAAAAGCAAAAAACAAAAAAGAAAAGCCACUUUGGAAUGUUAAUACUGUAUGCGAUGGGAGUGGGAUGCCAAUUAGUUUUGUUUUUAUUUAUUUGUUUUUACCACUGGCUUUUGUAUUAUUCCUUUUUUAACACUGGAAAAUAAUCUACAUAUGGCAAGUGUUGUGUGGACAUGAAUAUAGGGGGGUUGUACAGAUUUAGCAUUAUUGUUUUUAGUUAGAACUUUUUGUUUGUUUUUUAAUUUUAUUUUGAUUGUUAAUUUUUUGUUUUUGUUUGUUUUUUUCAGUCAGAGCUGCCAUUUCAUGUUGAACUGAAUUUAAAGUAUUUAGAUAUGAAAUGAAUUAAAAUGAAAUUAAAUAAAUAAAAUAAACCCAAAGACUUUAAGAAAUUUAUGUUAUUCAAGAAGGCCACAAAUGUAUAGCAGGUGAUGGGGGUUCUAAUGCAGAUAACCUACGGAAACCAUUAAAAUGCUUGAGAUGUCAAUCGUGUGAAUUGAUGUUGUAAAUGUUUAAUUUUACAACUUCACAGAAACCUACCUCUGGUAGUUUUUUUUUUUUUAUUAUUAUUAUUUUUUAUCCCUUCCAUGUGUGACCACUGUAUUUUCAUCCAUUUUAUUUGACUUACUGCAACAAUCAAAUGAAAUUGCAGUGAACAGUUUCAUUUUGAGAUUUAAUCUGUUUAUCGAGGAUAACAAAGAUAAAAACAAUUUUUUGGUUUGUAUUUUAUUCAGUUCACUUUAGGCAAGCACAAAAAAUUCUGUUAGAAUAAAAAAAAAAGUAUUUUUGGUGUGUAAUUUCAUAACCAUAUUUUUGGUUCCUGUAAAAAAGGUUAGGUUAGGUUGGUUGGGGGGGGGGGGGGGGUCAAAAACAAGCAUACAUCCUACAACAAUAGAAAUAGUUAAA